CGUGAUUUGUCACGUUUCACUUCAUAACCAGUUUAGUUAUCACUCAUUGCCAGACGCACCUCUCCACAACAUGCCUGGAACUAUCCGUGGUGUGGAAGAUUUCGAGGCGGAAAAGACUGCCGAGUGUCUCCGCGACUCUAUGAAGGGAAUGGGUACCAACGAGAAGCAGAUAAUCGUCAUUUUGGCUGACCACAGCAAUGCUCAGAGGCAAGAAAUAGCAGAGAUCUACAAGCAAGCUUACGGCAAGAAAUUGAUUGACGAUUUGAAAUCUGAGUUGAGUGGAGAUUUUGAGGACGUGUGUCUGGCAAUGUUGGAUCCACCCCGGCUUUACGAUGCCAAGCAGCUGCACAAGGCAAUUUCAGGUGCUGGAACAGACGAAAAAACAUUAAUAGAAAUAAUGUGUACCAGAAGUAACGAUGAGAUUGAAGAAAUCAAGAAAAGAUACAAAGAAGAGUAUGACUCCAACCUGGAGGACGACUUGACGGGCGACACAAGUGGCUACUUCCGUCGGCUGAUGGUGUCCUUGUGCACCAGUGGCAGAGACUCCAGCGAGGAAGUGGACCAAGAAAAGGCUGAGCAAGACGCAGUCAGGUUUUACGAGGCCGGAGAAGGGCGAUGGGGAACGGACGAGGCCGAACUGAACGCCGUGCUGUGUCUGAGGAGUCUACCUCACCUGCUGGCAACGAUCGCCAAGUACGAGGAGCUGACGGGCAAACCGAUGGUGGAGUCGGUUAAAGAUGAAUGUAGUGGCAGUUUACAGGAGGGAUACCUAUCCAUUUUGGAAUCUGCAUUGAAUACUCCAAAAUAUUUUGCGAAACGGGCCAAGAAAAGCAUGAAAGGCAUUGGUACGAACGACAACGAUCUAAUCAGGAUAAUGGUUUCGCGCAGUGAGGUCGAUCUCCAAGACAUUAAGGAGGCUUACCUAGAGUUAUACGAGACGUCCCUCACAGAGGCAGUCUCGGACGAGUGUUCGGGAGACUACAAGAGGAUGCUGUGCUGCAUAAUAGAUCCAUACCAGGGCUGAAGCUGAUGCCAACAGAACAUUAAUAAAAUAUGUCCGUAUUCCUCAUCUCUCGUCACCCAGACGUUCUCGGCUGUCCAUGCGCAAUAGCCAAACUACUCGAGAGUGAACUUUUGUUUUUGUUGGGGGGGUGGGGGGGGGGGGGGUGAGGAUGUUGCUUGAUGGAACAAUAUUUUCGGGAGUGGUCAUGGCACUGUGCAUUGUCCAGCCUAGAUGAAUGUGCACUGCGUGUUUGUACUGGGGACAGUAAACCUGGAAAACCUG